AAUGUUUAUUUCUGUCAACUGAUAGGCCACUGGAUUCUACACUAUAAAGUCAUCUUUUUUUUCUUAUAUCGCAUUGAUUUCGAAUGAUUUUGUGUAUUUAGGUUACGAAAAGAAAAAAAGAAUCACGUAAAUCGUUGCUUGUGUGUUUCCCUAAUGUAUCCGUUUAUUUGAUAUAUUCGUCAUUGAACUGCUGCAGAAUUCGUCAAAAAUGUUCCGUUUCCAAGGUUCGCUGUUAUUUAAACUACGCUUGGCGUACACAAUGCUCUGGGGCCUUGCUCUAUUGAUUCCCUGGCUUUUAUGGAGGCUUUGGCCAUAUUGGUAUUUAAGACCAUUUCUUCACCGUGAGGAUGCAAGCUCAUCAUUCUUUAACCAUAUAAGAAUGACGUACCAUAGAUCGGUUUUAACUUGCCUACUCCGAGGGAACAACGCGAGGCUAUUACCAUGAAACUGUGUUAGUUUAACUUCCGCGUCCAACUCUGAGCGACCGCGUAAAAUACUCUUACGGCAACGCGUCACAGAAGAAGAAAGAAUCUGUACAGUACGGAAUUUGUGUGCAGUUUAUAAAUCUGUUAACGUCCAGGCUUCCUAAACUGAGAGAAGGGCGAAAAAUGCAAAAGCCGAAAAGUCACCUUUAGCCCACUGAAGACGUAAGUGAGAAAGAGACACGGAAUUUUUUGAAACACGAUUUGAAUCAUCCGAUCAUCCGAAAUCAAACGAGAAAGGAAACAAUGUCUCCUGACAGAAAAGAACCGUUAGCAAUGCUAGGUGCAAGCAUACGUGUGGAGGAUGCGUGGCUACAGAGCUAAGUGUGCACCUUGUCCUUAAAAUCUAAAAUCAAAAGGACAGAGUUGGCUUAACAAAAAUGUACUAAUUUCCACUUCAGGUACUGUAUCCCGCUUAUAUGCAUUAUAGGAUUAGAAGAAUAUAGAGAUUAUACGUUUUGAUGCCGCUUCUAUCCGGGAAACAUAUUUAAUGAUUAUGCAACUAAUACUGGCAACAUCGAAUAAUUCUGCCUUAAGUGUGACAAGAUCCCGGAAUUGUCGAUUUUUAUUACUCAUUAGUAAUAGAGCUAUCAUUUAUAUUUGCAGUCUAUAUAAAUGCGGUAUUUCCAGUGUAAAAUGAUAUGCUGUCUUCGAUGAGCCGGUAAAAAAAAUGUUUAAAAGUAACUACCUGACCUGUCUAGCUGGAUGGUCUUGAAUCACAUGUCUCGUAUAUUGUGGGUCGCGUCGAAUCGAUGUUGAUAUCAUUUGAAGGCUAAUCUAGCGGCAGGCAAUGUGCUUAAAUUUUCGAAACGCCUCUAUUUAUGAGAGAGCAUUUUGAAAACGAGUGGAGAUUCUGCCAAAAUUCUUAACGUUUUAUUGCGUUAAAAGCACAAAUGCAGCUUAGUUUCAAAAUAAACGCUGUUGUCUAUAAUCAAGAUGCAUUAUUAGAAGAAAUGGCCCUAUAAAGGUACUAUCGCUAGAAUUACUGAUAUAUUUCUCCAUCAAUUAUUUCAGUUGACACAAGAAAUGAUUUCAAAGUUGACCGAAAAUAACUCGAUGAUAUCACCAAAGAACUAAACAUAUACCGUCAAACCAUUUAACGAAACCGGGCUACAAAGAAGCUGGAUGCCUCGGUGCCGCAAUAAAUGAUGAAAAAUAAUUUACUCGACCGUAUAUCCAUCUACGAAACUCUACCAAAAAGCGAUGAAAAAAAUGUAAUCUGUCUGUGGCAAAACCCAGAUCGACGUCAAAGAAUAUGGUAUGUUUUUGGACGUACUGGAGCAGAAUCGUGCAGAAACGUCGAAUAGCUACCACCUGGAAAAACGAUUGAUUCGGACCUAGACUGUGUCGACAACUGACGAGAUUACGCCAAGGCGUUGGAAAAUCGGCGAAAGCUAGUGAAGAGAGAAAACGUUAUUGUUUUCCUUGGCAAUGUCAGAUUAUAUACACCGUUUGCUACUUCGUAAAAAUUGAAAGGACUGAGAUUGUAAAUUUUACUGCAUCCGCCGUAUGGCCAGAAUCCUAAAUGUUUUGGCCUGUGGAAAUUUUCCUUAGUAGCAUUAAUUUAGUUUCACUGGAGGAAUGUAAAGAUCACUUGUCACAAUUUGUAACCCAGAGAUCAGAGUUCUAUAGUAAUGGGAUUUUGGUGCUACCAGUAAAAUAGCAGAAGAUCAUUGAUGAAAAUGGUACAUAUUUAGAAUCACAAUAUUACUUGAAAACUUAGAAAAUACUUGCUUCUAUUUUGGCUCAAAAGCGGUCAAUACUUUUGUCGACAACCCAAUAGUAUAUACUAUUAUAUACGUAUGUGUUUAGAAGAAAAAAUGGAGAUACAGUUUGAAUGAUCACACGUUGAGUUUUCAUUUACAUUUCCUUAAUAUUUAAGCAUCAAAAUAAUCUAGAUAAAAUGUAACACUUCUCUUCCUACCGCAGGUGUUUAAAGUUGAUGGCGCUUUGGUCAAUACACCGUUGAUAACGGGGGACCAUUGAUUGAAAAACGUUUACAAAUAUUUAAUUUGAAGCCAAUUCUUGCUCAAUCGCAGCUUUUAAAUCUUCCAGUGUUGUGGCUUUUCUGGUGCAGACUUUACCUUUGAGGUACACUCAUAAGAAAGUACCCGGUGGCGUCAAGUCUGAAAACAAACAACGCAUUCUAUAAACGCUCUUGGUCCGAUCGGAAGAUUAUCAUCAAACUGUGCUCUUACAUCACGAUGAUAGUAUCUGCACUUCAUAUUAUUGCCGUAUGUUAUUACCGCUGGGGCUACAAUAUUAACAGUUGCAGUUCACGUAUCUAAUCAGCUGGGGUUUGACGUUGAGAGCACUUACGGGGUCGCUUCAUGCCUGGGCAAGUUCUUCAUUAUGCCGAGCCUAAGAAUCUUGCACGGUUACGACGUAGUUGGUGUCGAAAACAUUCCACUGGAUCGUGGCGCUUUAAUAGUUCCGUAUCAUGCGCUUCUGCCUGUCGACCUAUACGCCUUUAUAGGCUGGUUUUUUCUUCGAACCAAUAAAAUGAUCAGUGGGUCAAUCGACCGCCUCUUUUGGGAGGUACCUUUACUAAGAACGCUCUUUAAGUUAAGUGGCUGUACAUCGGGUGGACGGGAUGAACUCGUGGCAGAAUUGCGGAACGGAUCCUUAAAAUUCAUUCUUCCAGGUGGUGCCUACGAAGCUAUGUUCAGUGAAAAUUAUAGCCUUGAAUGGCGAAAUCGCACAGGAUUUGCUCGCGUGGCCAAAGAAGCUAAUGCGCCGAUAAUACCUAUGUUCACCAUAAACACGCGUCAACUAUACACGAUGUACUUUUUCGGUUUUCGUGAGAAACUACGCCAAUGGUAUCUGGAAAAACGAAUUCCUAUCCUGAUUCCUUCUGGAGGAUGGCCUGUUAAACUGAGAACGUACCUAGGCAAACCCCUCACUUGUGGGACGGACGAAUCCGCAGAAGAGUUUGCCAGGAGAGUACAGGCUGCGGUGGAGGAAUUGCGAGACAAGUAUCAGCGAAGACCAAAUUCAAUUAUUAAGGCUAUUGCAGAUAGGUUUACCCUUUCUCCCCCCAAUUGAGAUGUUUCUGGAAGUAAUCAUUUUAACGAAUACCUGAGGAACCUAUAGACUGCUCUACUGUGCACGUUGAGUUCGAAUUGGUUUUCUGCGGUUUUUUGAGCAACUGAUAUGUCUGCGACAUGUAUUUAGCCCACAGUAAUGCCAAAUGAAGGUUAGAUAAUUCUCAAUUCAAAAUAGUUUGUUAUACGUUUGACCGAUGACUGAGGUUUGGUUCUGUUAAUUACGCUGUUUUUUUAAGCCAUCAUCAGUGCUUUCUCUCAGAAUAAACUUAGUCCGCUUCAUCCAACGGUGACGUGACGAACAAAUGUUA